AUGGAUUUAACGGUACUAAAUGAACAGCAACUUCAAGAAUUUGUUCGAAUUGUUGCAGAAGAUUUCAAAAUUAAAUAUGAAACGUUGCAACGACUACACCUUAAGGAAAAAGAAAUUAUUGAACUUACUAUGAAAGCAGCCAAAAAUUUGCCAAACUACAGUGAUAAUAAUUGUUCACAAUCAAUUGGUAUAUUUGGUAAUUUGACUAUUUCAUCAAAUCGAUGCAAUCAAUGUUGCUGUGUCAAUAAAGAUGCAUUAUGCAAAUUAUGCAUUAUUAGAAGUUGUGUGGAACGGAAACGCAAGGAAUGGUUAAUUUUGUGUCCAUUUAAGAAUGUACAAUUUGGACAAGCUAAGUAUUUAUGCAAAUGUCCAUGCAUUAAUGAUAAUGAAGCAUGGUAUCUUCGAGCUAUAUUGGAAUUACAUAUCGAUUACAAAUUGGGUGCACAAAUUGAUAAAACAAAU